AUGGCGCUGACUCUCGUGGGCUCCGCUGCAGGCUCUGGCCGGGCCCGGCGGCGGCGGCGGCGGCACGAACGGGCGGGCGGCGGACUCGCUCGGGCCGGGAGCGGAAGGCGGCCCCGCUCCCUGGGCCCCGGGGCGGGGCGGGAUCCGCUCUCGGCCUCCCUCACCGGCGGCGGCGGCGGCGGCUCCGCUGCGGCUCUAAACCCAACAUGGCGGCGGCGGCGGCGGCGCGGAGAACAAGGGGGCCCCGGGGCGGGCGAGCGGCGAGUGGGCCCCGCGCUCACUGCGCGCUGGGCCGCGGGAGCGCCGCGCUCGAGCGGCGGCGGCGGCGGCCGGGGGACAUGGCCGGCGGGCGGAGGCGGAGACGGCGGCGGCGGCGGCGGCGGCGGCGGCUGA